ACAGUGGCCUGUACACAGCCAAAUGUAAAUUUAAAUGAUAAAUUUUAACUCGAAUAGUUAAUUUAAUAAUAAUAAUUUAUUUUCAGUUUGGUGUUAUAUUAAAAAUGUUUAUUAAGUGUGUUUUAUUUGUUACUCUCUUCACCGUUGUUUAUUCUGAUUAUGACAAUUACGACUCUGGGAGCCAGUGCACUUUCCCUCACUUCGAUCAUGGUAGAAUCAACACACGACGAAAAUAUCGACUGUACAGAUUCAUGUGUUACCAUGGGUUCAUGCUGGUUGGUAACCGAUACGCCACGUGUAGAAAUGGAGAAUGGGAUGUCCCUUGGCCCGUAUGUGUUAAACCUGGUUGCAUAGUUCCGAAUGUACCUCACUCUCUACAAUUAUCUAAGCAUGAUAAUGCUUGGUUGACGUUCUUCUGUCUACCCGGCUAUGAGUUAAAAGGCCGCCCAGCCAUGUACUGCGAUGGUAUCACAUGGAAUGGAACUGCUCCUAGUUGUGUUGAUACAAAUACUGCAAGUAAAUUAAGUUGUGAUUUUGAAAAAAGUGACCUAUGUGGUUGGAUGAAUGAUGAUUUACACGACUUCGAUUGGAAAAGGUUGAAUUUGGCGACACCUAGCGCACUAAUGGCCACUGGACCUUCAUAUGACCAUACUCUUGGAGAAGGAGCUUCAGGUUAUUACAUGUAUAUUGAGAGUACAGCAAGAAGUUUAAAUGAUACGGCUCGCCUUAUAUCACCAGUUUACAGUAAGGAAUUGACUAAAGGCGGUUGUUUCUCGUUCUACUAUCAUAUGUUUGGGAAGGAUAUCGGGGGUUUAAGAGUAUAUCAAAAGCCGGAUAACUAUCCUCUGGCAAUUCUCACAGUGUUACAUGACAAACAAAAGUUUCUGCUGUUUGAAAAAUGGGGAAACCAAGGAGAUACCUGGUACGGGUCUAUAUCUCCUUUGAAAGAUCAAGGCGACGAUUUUCAGAUAAUAAUCGAGGGCAUCAGAGGCAAGAGUUUUACCAGUGAUAUUGCAAUAGAUGAUGUAGCUAUAAUGCAGGGCGAAGAUUGUAAUAAAGCAGUGCCCACACCUCCCACAUUUUUAUCUGAAUCUUGUGAAGGGCGCUGUAACGUUUAUGGAAACUCUGAACCGAAGCACGGAUGUGGCUGCACCGCUGCCUGCGUCCUUAAUAGCAUGUGCUGCGCUGAUUUCUUCGAAAUGUGUGUCUUUUCCAGCAAUAUGGACACUACGCCUGUUGACGACGACAAAGCAAGUUCUAUAGAACCACCGCAAACACAGAAACUAGUGUCAAAAUCAUCUGAUGCACCAACAACAGUGCCCAGUAAAACAACAAAAACAUUAAAAACUACUGUUGUCACAACUACAGUGCCACCAAAAACGACAAAAUCAAAGACAACGACAGUUAAAACAACGCCUAAAAUUACGCCAAAAACAUCAAGAACAACGAAAAUAUUAACUACUACAAAAACAACUACAGUUAAACCAAUUACGACUAGUAAGAAAGUAACGUCUAAAUCAAAACCAACGACAUCUACAAAAAUGAUCACUACAAAGAAAUCAACGACGACAAUUAAACCAACAACCACUGUUACAGCCACUACUAAUAAACAAAUUAUUGAUUCAGCAUCUAGAAGAGUCAAGGAUAAACAAAGCAAUGAAUGGAGUGGAUUGAAGACGUGGACCGUAGUGCUAGCAGUGCUGCUUUGCUGCUUCGGUGCCGGAUGGCUCAUGUAUGCAUCGAGGGGCGCGCACUUGGCAGUAAUGUUGGCUAGAGUGCGCGGGCGCACACAAAACGACCCGGAAGUGCGAUAUCUACACUCCAAUGCUGACGACGAUUAAAUUAAUUCUUAGU